AAAUGCCUCCUCACUCCCCAUCCCCUAAUCCAGCAGAUAAUCAGAGUUCACAGUCUUUAUCUCAAACCCUCGAUCGCGACGUUUCGAUUUUCUUCCAAACAAGCUCCAAUUUUCUCUCGCUUUCUCGUGUUUUCUCGGAGUAAUUAAUCGAUCGAUGGCGGACGUUCAGAUGGGCGAGGCUGAGACCUUCGCCUUCCAGGCCGAGAUCAACCAGCUUCUGAGUUUGAUCAUCAACACCUUUUACAGCAACAAGGAGAUCUUCCUUCGCGAACUCAUCAGCAAUUCGUCUGAUGCUUUGGAUAAAAUUCGAUUUGAGAGCCUUACAGACAAAAGCAAGCUCGAUGCUCAGCCGGAGCUUUUCAUCAGGAUUGUGCCUGACAAGGUCAACAAAACCCUCUCCAUCAUCGACAGUGGUAUUGGCAUGACCAAAGCAGAUUUGGUGAACAACUUGGGUACAAUUGCAAGGUCUGGAACCAAAGAGUUCAUGGAGGCAUUGCAAGCCGGAGCCGAUGUCAGCAUGAUUGGGCAGUUCGGUGUCGGUUUCUACUCGGCCUAUCUUGUUGCCGAGAAGGUUAUUGUGACCACCAAGCACAACGACGAUGAGCAAUACAUCUGGGAGUCACAGGCCGGUGGUUCCUUCACUGUCACAAGGGAUGUCAGUGGCGAACAGCUCGGCAGAGGCACCAAGAUCACCCUCUUCCUGAAGGAGGAUCAGUUGGAGUAUUUGGAAGAGAGGAGGAUCAAGGACCUUGUGAAGAAGCACUCUGAGUUCAUCAGCUAUCCAAUCUAUCUCUGGACUGAGAAGACUACCGAGAAGGAAAUCAGCGAUGACGAAGAAGAGGAAACCAAGAAGGAAGAGGAAGGAGAUGUUGAGGAGGUUGAUGAGGACAAGGAUAAGAAAUCGAAGAAGAAAAAGAUCAAGGAGGUUUCUCACGAGUGGCAGCUCAUCAACAAGCAGAAACCCAUCUGGCUCCGAAAGCCCGAAGAAAUCACCAAGGAGGAGUACGCUGCCUUCUACAAGAGCUUGACCAAUGACUGGGAGGAGCACCUUGCUGUCAAGCAUUUCUCAGUCGAAGGCCAGCUCGAGUUCAAGGCCAUCCUCUUUGUUCCAAAGAGGGCUCCUUUCGAUCUUUUCGACACGAGGAAGAAGAUGAACAACAUUAAGCUCUAUGUCAGGAGGGUGUUCAUCAUGGACAACUGCGAGGAGCUGAUUCCAGAGUAUCUUGGUUUCGUGAAGGGUGUCGUCGAUUCGGAUGAUUUGCCUCUCAACAUCUCUCGUGAGACGCUGCAACAGAACAAGAUUUUGAAGGUGAUCAGGAAGAACCUUGUGAAGAAGUGCAUCGAGAUGUUCAAUGAGAUUGCUGAGAACAAAGAGGAUUACACUAAGUUCUAUGAAGCCUUCUCCAAGAACUUGAAAUUGGGCAUCCAUGAGGACAGCCAGAACAGGGCGAAAUUGGCCGACCUCCUCCGCUACCACUCCACCAAGAGCGGCGAUGAGCUCACCAGCCUGAAGGACUACGUGACCAGAAUGAAGGAGGGUCAGAAGGAUAUUUACUACAUCACCGGUGAAUCGAGGAAGGCGGUGGAGAAUUCCCCGUUCUUGGAGCGGCUGAAGAAGAGGGGAUAUGAAGUUCUUUACAUGGUGGACGCCAUAGACGAAUAUGCCGUCGGGCAAUUGAAGGAAUACGACGGCAAGAAGCUGGUGUCUGCUACCAAGGAGGGUCUCAAGCUUGACGAUGAGACGGAGGAAGAGAAGAAGGCCAAAGAGGAGAAAAAGAAGUCAUUCGAGAACCUCUGCAAGACAAUGAAGGACAUUUUGGGCGACAGGGUCGAGAAAGUGGUGGUUUCCGACAGAAUAGUCGACUCUCCGUGCUGCUUGGUGACGGGAGAAUACGGGUGGACCGCCAACAUGGAGAGGAUCAUGAAGGCGCAGGCGCUGAGGGACAGCAGCAUGAGCUCCUACAUGUCGAGCAAGAAGACGAUGGAGAUCAAUCCCGACAAUGGAAUCAUGGAGGAGCUGAGGAAGAGGGCGGAGGCUGACAAGAAUGACAAGUCUGUGAAGGACCUUGUGCUGCUGCUUUUCGAGACUGCUCUGCUCACCUCCGGCUUCAGCCUGGAUGACCCCAACACUUUUGCGGCGAGAAUUCACCGGAUGUUGAAGCUGGGGCUGAGCAUUGAAGAGGAGGAGACCGCCGGCGAUGAUGAUGACAUGCCUGCUUUGGAGGAAGACGCUGCUGAGGAGAGCAAGAUGGAGGAGGUGGACUAAUGAGAUUAGGUUUGAGUUUGUGUAUGUUUCGGGUAUUUGUCGCGAUCUUGUCGGUGGGAGGUUGACGGCGUGGUGUGACAAUCGCCGUCUUUAUUUUGUGUCUUUUGUUAGUUUUGAGUCUGUAAACAUAAUGGUGGUGAAUUCCGGAUCUCUGUUAUAUAUUUAAUAUGAAUUUGAGUCUCAUAUUUCAUAUUUA